UUACGGAGAAAAGGUACAUAGAGAACCCCGUGCUGCAGAAGAUGGUGGAGAAGAAGCUCAAGGGCUAUCACGCGGGGAGCGCCCAGCAGAAGUGCCUGGAGCAUAACGAACUAGUGACGCUCUACUGGAAGCCGUACAGGAAAGUUGCCUGCUUCAGCUGCAGGGAAGCUCAGAGGCCCGAAGACCAAAGCACCCAGUUCCUCCUCAUCCCAGACGCUGUGCAGAUCUAUACGGAAAAACUGAUCUCUAAGAGAAUUCGGCUGCGGUCCAACUUAGUGGAGCUAGAGAUGGUGAAGAACGCUCAAGAAGAGAAAAUUUCUAACCAUAAAGAGAACAAGUUGCAACUUCAAUACCACAUCUCCUUGGAAUUCCUAAAACUGCACCAGUUUCUUCAUGCCAAGGAGAAAAUGUUCAUCAAACAAUUAAAGGAAGAUAGUGAAACCCUUCUCCAGGAAAUGGAGGCAAAUUCAAACCGACUCCAAGAUCACUCUCAGAAUGCUAAGCAUACCUUGCUAAUGGUAGCGUGCCUUAAUGGUCUGUGCAGGGUGGAGAAGAAAACCGAGCAAUCCUCUUUGAGCAAGCUGGCCUCGCGGACUCUGAGUGCAGGGCAUUUCAAAGGGCCGAUACAAUACAUGGUGUGGAAGGAAAUGAAGUCUAUCCUUAGCCCAGAUAUUUCUUUCCUGACUCUCGACCCUGCGACAGCACAUCCAAACCUGGUUCUUUCUGAAGACCUGACCAGAGUAACACAUGAUGAUUCAAAACAAGUGCUGCCAGACGCACCGGAGAGGUUCGACUGCAGCGUCUCUGUCCUGGGGUCCGAAGGGUUUGCUUCCGGGAAGCACUACUGGGAAGUGAAGGUGGAGAACAAGACCAAGUGGACCCUGGGAGUUGUAAAAGAGACCAUUAACCGUAAAGGCAACUAUCCACUGUCACCUAAAGCUGGCCACUGGCUUAUAAAGCUAAGGAACAAGGACCAGUUAAAGGCUGUGGAUAUGCCUCCCCGCUGCCUCCCCCUGUCUAGCGCGCUUCGUCGAGUUGGGGUGUACCUGGAUUAUGAGGGAGGUCAGGUGUCCUUUUACGACGCGGAAAACCUGACUCACAUCUACACUUUCACGGCUGCUUUUGCAGAGAAGCUUUACCCUUACUUCUGUCCCUGUCUGAAUGAUUCUGGGGAAAACAGGGAUCCUCUGAAAAUUGUGACUUUUGAUAUAUAAAUGGGAUACGGUAAAGCUU